AUGGCAGAAAGAAUCAAAGAGACUAACUUCAAUACAGAUCUCUUUCGCAGUAUUAUCCCUUGUUCAUCAAACUCUCCACCCUGGACAGUACCACUACCAGAUUUAGACUCAACCCUCAAGAUAUAUCAAACAAUGCAAACCGACCAUAGAGAAAUAUAUAACAGAUACCAAGUCAUCAUCGAGUCUCAUCCGAACUUCAAACUGAUUUUUACAGAUGCCUUAAAGUCAUCACAUGGGGUUGGCUAUGCCGCAGUCUCUGACAAUCAACGAAUAUCCUCUUCGCUACCACAACAUUGCAGCGUCUACACUGGAGAGCUGACAGCCAUCAAGGAAGCGCUCAAUCUGGCACGAACAACAACAGAUGCCAACUUCUUAGUAGUGACGGAUUCGCUGAGUGCACUGGAAGGUAUCAAACAGUUGUACCCUCGCAACUGCAUACUCAGGGGAAUUAAGGACAUGCUGCGUCUGCUAUACAACGACAAGAAGAGGAUAAAGUUUCUGUGGGUACCCUCACAUACUGGAAUCCCAGGCAACGAAGAGGCUGACAAAGAAGCAUCAAGAGCGGCAGUCCCUUCAAGCAGAAGUGUGAUUCGUACACCCUACCAAGAUUUGAAAGGACUAAUAAAAGUGCACAUAACCAGUCUUUGGCAACAGGAAGAAGGAACCAGAUAA